AUGAAGCUACACUUUGUCUUUGCCUUGGCCAUUCUUAUCAAGUAUGCAGGAGCCCAGUGCAUAAAAACUCCUAUCUGUACGUCAGGAUGUGCUCCAGAUGAAAACUGCACUGUAGGAAAAUGUGUGUGUAAUGGCAGCAUGUACCAAAAUUUGACAAUUGGUAAUUUUCACCCUACCAUCGUCUGUGAAAACAGCAUAAUUACAGUCGGUGUCAAUCAAUGUCAGUUAGACCUACUUGGUUAUGACCCUUCCUCAAUUCACCUGAGGGAGACAGGAGAAAACUGCAGUUACUUUUUUUCAAAUAUCAGCAAUGGCAGUAGAAGGAUUUUUGUCCAGACCGAAGCAGCAUCAAAUUGGUGUGGAAACACAGUGGAGAGCGAUGAAUCCAAUAUCUAUAUUUCCAACACCAUUUACAUUGAUAUCAAGAAAACAGACAUCAUCACAAAAAAUCCUAUAAAAUUUAACUAUACAUGUGGAUACACACGGAAUAUGCAAACAAGUCUGCAACUGCCUGGAAACAUAACCACUCAAACGGUAGACCUGACGGGAAUCAAUGGGACAGGUUUAUAUCCUGUUACCAUGUCUGCUUAUAAAGAUUUAGCAUGUACAAUUCCAUUUACAAAUGAUGAUACAGUGGUUGUGGGAUCAGACAUCUUUGUGGGAAUAUUUGUGGCAGGAGCUGAUUCAGAUAUAUUCGUUCUCCGGAUAGAGAAAUGUACUGCAAGUCCUACAGAAGAUCGUAAUGGACCAAAUAAUUUUGUUCUUAUAGAAAAUGGCUGUGCCAAGGACACUGUUUCUGCAGAUAUAUAUGUCAAAGAAAAUGGAAAUUCAACAGAAGCACUUUUUAGAAUAAGCUCAUUUAAGUUUCAGAAUUAUGACAGUGUAUACAUUACCUGUGAUGUCCGUUUGUGUGAGAAAAGCAAUGGAACAUGUUCUAAAUGCGCAGCCAGUGGUAAAUCCUCCAACAUAGAUACUAAUGAAAUCCAAAUAGGCCUAAAUAUCGAAGCUAAAUAUGACUUCGCCGACAACGCUGGCAUAAAUACAGUUGCAUCUUGGGCUCUGUUGCUUGGAAUUCAAGCAGCAUUUCUGUUUAUUAAGUUCUUUUGA